CUUGCCAUCCACUCGCCCUUCGCCUCACUCUCACCCUCACCCUCACCGCGGCGCUUCAUCUCCAUCUCAGACGUCCUUCAAUCUUCGAUCAGUCGACCCUCGGUGCCGUGCUCGGGAAGUCGUACUCUCCUCCGUUGCCGAUCAGUCGAGCUCAGACUUAUCCGUCAUCUCUUCGCCCAAACUCGGUUCGUGAAGUCUACCUCUGCUCUCAGUCUUCGGUUUGUGGCUUGGCUCUCCUUCAGACUUUCCGCGAGUGUUCACCGUCGAUCGCUUGUCCUCGUCCUCGUCCAGUCGUCCUGCUCGUGCUCAGGAGCGGCCAGGUUUAUUCUCUCAUCCGUUGCAAAGUAGAAACCAGGGGCGAGAGCCAAAGCAAAUAGACAACCAUGAGGCCAAUUUUGAUGAAGGGCCAUGAGAGGCCAUUGACGUUUCUCAAGUACAAUAGGGAUGGAGAUAUGCUUUUCUCUUGUGCUAAGGAUCACAACCCCACCGUCUGGUUCGCUGACAAUGGUGAACGCUUGGGCACUUAUCGCGGACACAACGGUGCUGUUUGGUGCUGUGAUAUCUCAAGAGAUUCUUUGCGGCUUAUAACAGGUAGUGCAGAUCAGACGGUGAAGCUAUGGAAUGUUCAAACUGGGGAGCAAUUGUUCACAUUCAAUUUUGAUUCUCCUGCUAGGUCUGUGGAUUUCGCUGUGGGUGACAAACUUGCUGUUAUUACAACUGAUCCCUUCAUGGAAUUGCCUUCUGGAAUUCAUAUCAAACGCAUUGCUAGAGACACCAGUGACCAAAUCAGUGAAUCUGUACUUGUAAUUAAGGGCCCUCAUGGAAGAAUUAAUAGAGCCAUUUGGGGACCCCUAAACAAAACUAUUAUUAGUGCUGGAGAAGAUGCAGUGAUCCGUUUAUGGGAUUCUGAGACAGGAAAGCUACUUAAGGAGGUAGACAAGGAAAUUGGCCACAAAAAGGCGAUAACAUCACUUGCAAAAUCUGCAGAUGGUUCCCACUUCCUGACUGGCUCCCUUGAUAAAUCGGCCAAGCUUUGGGAUACCAGAUCAUUGUCUCUUAUCAAGACAUAUGUAACAGAACGACCAGUCAAUGCAGUAGCCAUGUCACCUCUUCUUGAUCAUGUGGUGAUUGGAGGUGGUCAAGAUGCUUCAGCUGUUACUACUACUGAUCAUCGUGCUGGAAAAUUUGAGGCCAAGUUUUUUGAUAAGAUUCUUCAAGAAGAAAUUGGGGGUGUGAAAGGACAUUUUGGACCAAUUAACGCACUUGCUUUCAACCCUGAUGGAAAGAGCUUUUCAAGUGGAGGUGAAGAUGGUUAUGUAAGGUUGCAUCAUUUUGACCCAGAUUACUUCAAUAUUAAAAUAUAGGUCUGGAGAGGUUUU